AAGAAAACAAAAUGGCAAGAAGCAAUCGAACCACAGUGACAGAAUUUGUCCUCAUGGGAUUCACAGACCAUCCAGAGCUUCAGCUCCCCCUCUUUGUGAUGUUCCUGGUAAUCUAUCUCAUCACCCUAGUGGGAAACCUUGGCCUGAUCCUGCUCAUCAAGGCGGAUUCACGCCUCCACACCCCCAUGUACUAUUUUCUCAGUCACCUGGCAUUCAUUGAUCUUUGUUAUUCGUCUUCCAUUGGACCCAAGAUGCUGCAGAAUUUAUUGGUGAAGAAAAAAACUAUUUCCUUUUCUGGCUGUUUUGCUCAGCUGUACUUCUCUAGUGCUUUUGCAACUACCGAAUGCUUCCUUUUGGCUACAAUGGCCUAUGACCGCUACAUGGCCAUCUGCAACCCUCUGAUUUACACAGCCAUUAUGACACAGCGGGUCUGCAAGGAGUUGGUGAUAGGAGUCUACACCUAUGGCUUCCUGAACUCUGUGAUACAAACCGUCCUGACUUUCCAGUUGUCUUUCUGCGACUCCAAUAUGAUCCUCUACUUCUACUGUGCUGACCCUCCUCUUCUUGCCCUUUCCUGCUCUGAUACCCACAACAAAGAGAAGCAGCUCCUGAUCUUCUCUGCAGUGAAUCUCAUUGGAUCCCUCCUGAUGGUCCUCAUCUCCUAUAUCUGCAUCCUCUUCUCUAUUUUAAAAAUCCAGUCUUCCGAGGGCAAGUGCAAAGCAUUUUCCACCUGCGCCUCCCACCUCACUGUGGUCACCAUCUUUUACGGGACAUUAUUUUUCAUGUACCUGCAGCAACCGAAAGCAGAGAAUUCGUGGAAAUACAACAAAGUGAUCUCUGUGUUUUGUAGUCUUGUGAUUCCCAUGCUUAACCCUCUGAUCUACAGCCUGAGGAACACAGAAGUAAAAAACACCCUGAAAAAAAUGCUAGAGGGCAAAGAAUCAUAA